UCUAAUUUUCCCAGGAAGAGAGAGAGAGAGAGAGAGAGAGAGAGAGAGAAGGACAAUCCAUGGCGUUAUCUCAUAUCCCAACAAGGCCUCAAGGAAAGUUCCAAAAACCCCCCACCAAAACCCAGACCCCAUCAUUUCAUAUUUUUAAAGCCCCAGACCGCCUCUGUGCGUGUGUGUCUGAAAAGCAAAAGCACACUUUUCCAGCAACAAGUUUCAAAUAUUCUUCUUCUUCUCUAUUUCUUUCUGCUUUGCCCCUCCUUGCUAAAAGUAUCUAGCUACCUCCUAAAUGGCUAAGCGUGUUUACCAAGUUUGGAAGGGACGCAAUAUUUUCUUCUUCAAAGGGAGGCUUAUGUUUGGUCCAGACGCCAGGUCACUGGUUAUUACCUUCCUGCUCAUCGUGGUUCCCAUUGUUAUUUUCUGUACAAAUGUCGCAAGGAACCUCCUCCAUGAAUUUCCAACACACAAUGCUGUUUAUGUCAUUCUAGUCGUAACAAUUCUGUUUACCAUCUAUGUAUUGGUGCUCCUCUUUCUCACUUCAGCCCGUGACCCAGGCAUUGUUCCUCGCAAUUCACAUCCACCAGAGGAAGAUACUGGUUAUGGCUUUCUAGACCCAGUUGAUGCUUGUGGGAGACACACACCAACUCCAUGGUUCCCUCGCACAAAAGAAGUGUUUGUCAAUGGUGUUCCUGUGAAAGUGAAGUAUUGCAAUACAUGCAUGAUAUAUCGUCCACCACGUUGCUCACAUUGCUCUGUAUGUGAUAAUUGUGUGGAGCGAUUCGAUCACCAUUGUCCUUGGGUGGGCCAGUGCAUUGGACUGCGCAACUACCGCGACUUCUUUCUGUUUGUUUCUUCAUCAGCUCUUCUCUGCAUCUUCAUAUUUGCAAUGUCAGCUUUGAACAUAAAAUUUGUUAUGGAUGAUCAUGGAACUCUGUGGAAGGCGAUGAAGGAAUCACCUGCCUCUGUUAUAUUAAUGGUUUAUUCCUUCAUUUUCCUCUGGUUUGUUGGAGGUCUCACCUGCUUCCAUCUGUAUCUUAUUGGCAGAAACCAGACUACAAAUGAAAACUUUCGCUAUGGAGCAGCCAACAGGCAAAAUGUCUAUGACCGAGGGUGCUUUGGGAAUUUUCGUGAAGUAUUCUGCACCAAGACAAAGCCUUCAAGAAACAAUUUCCGGGCUUAUGUACAGGAAGAGAUGCCCAUGCAUAUAGCCCCAGAAGUAAAAAUAGAUGAUUCAGAGGGAGACAGUCGAACCCCAGAAGUAAAAAUAGAUGAUUCAGAGGGAGACAGUCGAACAAAAGUACAAGACAAUCUAGAAAUUGAUAAUGACCUUUAAAGAUAUCCCAGCGUCGUGAUGCUGUAGAUCUGAUAACAGUUGAAGCUGAAGGCAGCAGAUGUUGAGUUCUCUUUGCAUCAGGAAUCUCAAGUUGAGCCAUUGAUGAAAAACACUUAUCUCGAAACAUGGUAUAAAAAAGGGAGGAGUUUGGGAA